GCUGCAAUGUCAAACAUGGGGUUGUUUGAAGCAGAAAUGAGUGGUGAUGCUUUUCAGCUUCUCGGGAUGAGUGAGAUGGGAAUGCUUCCUGCUAUCUUUGCUUCAAGGUCGAAGCACGGGACGCCCACCAUUAGCAUUUUGCUUUCCGCUACCGGAGUCAUCUUCCUAUCUUGGAUGAGUUUUCAAGAGAUAUUGGAAUUUCUGAACUUCUUAUACUCCAUUGGAAUGCUACUCGAGUUUGCAGCUUUUAUAAAACUGAGAAUCAAGAAGCCAGACCUUCACAGACCUUACAAAGUGCCCUUCCAAACAUUUGGGGCAAUCAUGCUUUGUGUGCCUCCUGCAUUGUUGCUUGUUCUUGUCAUGUGUUUGGCUUCUUUGAGGACAUUCUUUGCGAGUGGUGCAGUAAUUAUUGUGGGGCUUUUAUUGUACCGCAUUUUAGUUCUUGUAAAGGAUAGGAACUUGAUGCAAUUUUGUUCCGAACAACCUGCUGUGGAAAGCCACUCAGUUGUGUCACAACAACUCCAAGAAGUUGCAGACGAGGCUGCGAUCGGCCUUCUCUCGGACUUGUCUGCUAAGACGGAAGAAGAAUCCUCAGAAAUCCGCUUUGAAGGCGUCCUGAAAGUCGAUUAAAGUGGUCCGUUUUAACUAUUGAAUUAUAACUAUAUUGAUGGCUAACUCUCCACAUAAUCAGGUUCACCGCUAUGGAGAACCACAUUACUAAUUCUUUGGCUUGUUCACCAUAUUUCUUUUUACAUAUGGAGUUUGCAAAGACUGGAGUAGAUAACCCAGAACUCUGCAUACAAAAACUAUGUUUAUUAUGUUGGCAGACGCAGAGCACAAAGUUUCAAACGUGAACCUUUGCGUGGUGUCAUUUAAAAAACUAACUUUUCCAAAAAUACUUUCUUCUUAAUGAGCAAACCAGACUGGAAAAGGAAAAAAAAUAGCAUAAAAAGGCCUAUAGAGCGGGAUGGAAAGGCCUUUUGACAUGACUUGGUUCUACUUUGCUUGCUACCACAAUUCUUUGUAUUACACGUCUUAA